AUGGUUUUGUGGCUGAUGAGCGUCCUAUCCAUGCGGCAGCUGCUUAUAUUAACUCUUGCAAUGAGCAGCUUCGGCCGCAAAUGGGAGAGUUGGAACAAAAUCGGGAUCCUCGGGGUUGACGGCAAAACGUUGGCCAAAAGAGAAGACAGUCCAACCGAUGUUUGCAAGCGGUGGUCGCAACAAGCAGCAAUCGUCAACGGCACCUUGUAUAUAUAUGGUGGAAGAUCUACCAGCCAAUCCAGCCAAUCCGACAACACAUGGAAUAAUGAUUUUCUAAGCCUUGACCUAGGGAACGAUUGGGAUAUCUCUUCACCGAAAUUAAAAGGCUUAAAGAAGCCUUCAGGGCCCCCGCCGGUUUCUAACGGGUACUUAUGGAACUCCCAUACCUCGCUCUUCCUUUAUGGUGGAGAGUUUUCGGACAACCCUCCAGCGGACCCUGUUGAAUUCGUCUUGUGGGAGUAUGAUAUACUUUCCGGAGAGUGGAAGGAGCAUACAAACCCGACAACGUCCAGAGGUAGAAAUUCAGAUGGGGGUGGUAAACCGGUACAAAGAUCAGCAGAGGGUGCUGGCAUCGGCGUUGCUCAGCUUGGAAGAGGCUGGUACUUCGGUGGUCACCUGGACGGGUAUACAACCAAAGGUUGGUCACAGUCGAUCGCGAGGGUGUAUCUCAAGUCGAUGAUCGAAUAUACAUUUCCAGGAUAUAGCAACGAUCAGGUGGAAAUAGGAGGAGACAGCAGGGUGGCAGGAGCAGAUGGAAUUUGGCGAAAUAUCACCGAAGGGGGCCUACAGGAUUCGGCCGGGUUCACUGAGCGUGCAGAUGGAGUAUUCGUGUACGUUCCGGGAUAUGGCAAGGAAGGCAUCAUCCUCGGACUCGCAGGAGGUACAAACGAGACUUUUACGUCGAUGAAUGUAAUCGACAUCUACGAUAUUGCGAAUUCUACUUGGUAUAAGCAAGCAACGAGCGGGACCACUCCGGAUAUCCGAGUCAACCCCUGUGCUGUGGCAGCUUCCGCUGCGGAUGGGAGUAGUACCCAGGUGUACCUUUACGGUGGCCAAAACCUCAUUCCAUUUGGCCGACAAAAGCAAUACGACGAUAUGUGGAUUUUGACUGUCCCUAGUUUCACCUGGGUCAAGGUUGAUACAGACGGCCAAUCCGUCCCCCCGGCUAGAGCUGGGCACACUUGCAAUAUAUGGAACUCCCAGAUCGUUGUGGUAGGGGGUUAUGUCGGGCAGGAUCUGAGUUGUGACAGUCCAGGAAUAUACGUUUUUGAUGCGUCGGAGCUAAGAUGGCAAACUAAAUACACUGCUCUGGAGGGAGGUAACUUUUUGAACCAACAACACUCCCAAAAAGAUGGAAAGAAUGGCCUGAGUGGGAGUUAUGGUUAUCGUGUCCCAAAAGCCGUCCAAUCCGUUAUCGGAGGAGAUGAUCUGGGAAAAGCAACAGUAACAACUCCGGCCGUUCACGUCACUGAAGGACCGAUAGCGACUGGAACACCGAUUACUUACACGGUGCCCAACUCAUCUCCAACAGGCGGACCGGGCAACUCUUCCCAGCACCCUAACGGCGAGAGCAACGGACUCAACGUUGCUGCCAUCGCAGCGGGUGUGGUCGCGGGUUGCCUUGCCAUCCUCGCCGCUUACCUAGGAUUCUGCACUUAUGUAUACCGCAAGCAGCUUGCACUCUACAAGCACCACGUUGCCGCUGCCCAACGAGCAUCCGACGGAAGCCGAUAUGGCGACAAACUCUCCCACCUCUGGCCAAAAGAGAACCUGAGCGUGCACGACCGGUCGAUAGCUGGAUCUAGUAGUGGAGCUACGAUGACCCCCGCUGCCGCGGCGGCGCAUGCAUUUGCUGCAAGUGAAUACUCGCGGGGCGCGAGACCCGGGUCGGCCAACAGCAGUACGGAUGACUUGUUAGCAGGGCAGGAGCCUACAUUUUUGGGGGUGAUGUUGAACCCGAGGAGGAGCCUGAGGGUUAUCAAUAAGGACUAA